CUGGCACCGAGAAAGACGCAUCUCUCCUCUCCUUUUUAGUUCUGUUUUUCUUCAACGUAAACAAUUAAUGAAAGGUGUUUAGCUCAGUUUCCAUCUACCUUUUAGGACUGUGAUUGCCAUGGAAAACUAACAUUUUACAGGGGAGGACCUAACGGGAGAGCUUUUACGCAUCGCACACCUUGGAGCGUCGAUACAGUGUAGAAUAAUAUAGAAACGGCAAAGACUGUAAGGGUAACUGUGCUCUGCGUGUGGACUGUUUAUAAUGAGGUACGGAAUGGUGGUUCUUGCUGCUGGGUUUUCAGCUUGUCUAAGCUUUAGCCUCCUCGCUGUGGCUAUUGGGACUGAUUAUUGGUACAUUAUCGAUGUGGAUAAACCCAACUGCACAGGUUCAGAUGAGCUGAGUUCACAUUCUGGACUGUGGAGAAUCAAUGAAGGAGCAAACAUGAGCACAGACAUCCCUUCUUUCACAGCUAAUAUGUCCAGUCUGUCAGAAGCGGAAAGGGACCUUCGUGGCUUGCACAAGGUGGUUGUCAUCCUGUUGCCCCUCAGCCUGGUCCUACUGGUGUUCGGCUGGAUCUUCGGACUCGUCAGUUCGUUGGCCUGCAGUCCCAACUUGCUGGCUGGAUCAGCAUUGUACUUUCUCUUCUGCAGUCUUUUUACACUCUCUGGCGUCAGCAUCUACAUCAAACACUCGAACCUGGCCUAUGCGGAGUUCCAGCGGGUCGUGUCCCCAGAGAACCUCGCCCUCGUGGAUGUGUCCUUCGGCUGGUCCUUUGCCACAGCCUGGCUCUCCUACAGCAUGGAGGUGGCCACUGGCCUGCUGCUCAUGCUAGCUGCCCGAAUAACUCAGAUAAAGGGUGACUCGGGUGUAGCAAUUGCUAUGUUAUAGCUUGAUGUUUUUUAAAGCCCGAGUGAAUCUAAAAGCCCACAGGAUGGUAUUUUAUUGCUGUUAUUUAUCUAUUUUGGCACUGAAGUGUAACAGAUUUAAAAAAUAUUAUAAUACCAUCAAGCAGUGUCAAUGGCAGAGGCAACACAAUGUAGAUGCAUAGCUGUAUUCACAUAACUGCAACCAUAUAGAUGCUGAAUAAGUGACGCAGUUUUCUCUGGCUUUUUUGUGAUGCCAGCCUUUCAUCCUCUCAGUAUAAUUCUCUGUCCAUUGUCCCUGUCCACAAUGAUAUUCCACUGACCACUCAAACAGAACAAAGAGGAUAUCCACUUAAAUUGUAAUAACUGUAAAGAUAAGCACUAUUUCUUUUUUUUUUUAAUGUUUUUUUGCAAGGUUUUUCAGAGAUUUCUGCCUUUUAUCUAUAUGUAUGUAUAGCUAAUAACAUUAAAUGGACUGCAUUUAUAUAGCAUUGUAUAUAUUUCUGUCACAUUGAAUAGGUUUUCUGUGAGAUGGGUCUUGAAACAUGUAAUUUACAGAGAGCAGCUUCGUCUACGAACCAAAUGCAAAUUCGCUGUCGUGCAAUAUGAACGCAAGCAAAAUGAGAAUUUAUUUUUUGACGCGUGCUUUAUGAAUCUUUUGAGGAGGACUUCUACAAUCAUCCCAUAUGUAUACUGCAUUUAAAUAUGGUUCAUUGCAUCAGGGUAUUUAAUUCAAGUAAAAUCAUUGAUGAUUCUACAGCAGAUAACCACCAGGCAGCAGCCAAUGGAAGCACCUAGAGUCCAGCAUACAGUCAGGACUGGUAUAGUAUUCAGUAUUUAAUUAUAGAACAGCUGCUGAAUUGUUGAUCCAUGUGUUAGAGAACAUUUGCAUUUCUAAGCUUGUGAAAAGCAGUUCGAUUUUGGCUGGUGUUCAAUGUUGACUUGGCACUUUUAGAGAAAAUGUUAGUUUUGUGCGUUCUGCUUACAAACAUCCUAUUGUAUACCCAUCCUACUGGUAAAUUAAUAAUGGAAACAGGGCUAAAGAUAAGAGCACUCUUGAGGAUCCUGCAAGUUGUUUUCAGCAGUGCAUAAUAUAUGCAUGUGUUGCUGCAUGCUUUGCACUAACCAACAGCUGGAUAGUGUAUUGUUUUGUCUGUGCUGUCUACUUCUAGGAAUGAGACCUCUCCUCUCUGCACACUGGCAGUAAAAAGAACAAAUUCAACAUUUAGCACUUUGCAUUGCUGUAAACUGUAUUGUGUUGUCGUUCUCUUCACUGUGACAAAAAAGCAAUGCAUCAAUCCAGCCGUAGUGUGAAUGCAUACUGUAAGGAGGCAACAGAAAAAGGCGUGUUGAUUAAAUACUUUUAAAUGUCA